AGAGUACAAGCCACUCAACCACUCGCCUGCCUGCCCACUGGCCGCCCCCACGCCCACGCAAGCUCAGUCGCGCCCAUCCAAUCCACGCCCACUUUUGCCCAGGAAGAGUUCGUCUCUGUGCUUCACGCCCUCGAUGCUGAGAGCUGCCCACGUCCCCCAAUCCUGUAGGAUCAGCGUCCCCCAGAUCGACCAGACGCCCGUGCAUCGCUGCUCGCGGACGCACUCGCUCUCCACCUCCGCCGCUACCCACGCCCACCACAGCCCCGCCCACCACAGCCCCGCCCACCACCCCUCCAGCGCCCACCACGCCCGCCACCGCCUGCGCCUCACCUCGGAUUCCCUAGACCACGGAACGACCAUCGCCCACCACCACGCCGUCGAGAUCGCGAGGAAGGUCCGCAGCGCCGAGAAUCUGAGGAAUUACAGGAUCUCGUCCACGCACGUCUACCAAUCCCCUGCCCCUUGUCAGUCUACCACUCCCCUGCCCCCUGUCAGUCUACCAAUCCCCUGCCCCCUGUCAGUCUACCAAUCCCCUGGCCCUUGUCAGUCUACCAAUCCCCUGCCCCAUUCUACCACUCCCCUGUCCCCUGUCAGUCUACCAAUCCCCUGCCCCUUGUCAGUCUACCACUCCCCUGCCCCUUGUCAGUCUACCAAUCCCCUGGCCCUUGUCAGUCUACCAAUCCCCUCCCCCAUGUCAGUCUACCAAUCCCCUGCCCCUUGUCAGUCUACCACUCCCCUGCCCCCUGUCAGUCUACCACUCCCCUGCCCCCUGUCAGUCUACCACUCCCCUGCCCCCUGUCAGUCUACCAAUCCCCUGGCCCUUUCUACCACUCCCCUGCCCCCUGUCAGUCUACCAAUCCCCUGCCCCCUGUCAGUCUACCAAUCCCCUGCCCCCUGUCAGUCUACCAAUCCCCUGCCCCCUGUCAGUCUACCAAUCCCCCGCCCUGCCUCCUCUUCCUUCCUAAUCGCUGCUUCCUCUCCCUUCCCAGGUCGCGGGGCGGAGGAGGCGUGCCGUGCGGGCGCCUGCCACCAGCUGGAGGCGACCGCGGGCGUGCACCCUCACCCUCUGGCCCGCCGCCGCUCCUGCCAGAGCCAGAGCCUCGACCUGGAGCACUACCGGGGCACGCCGACGCCCCUGCUGCAGGACGUGGCGCCGCGCGGCAAGUCGCUGGACAGCACCUCCGUCAGCAGCCUCAGACGCUCUCCGACGGCGGGGCCCUCGUGGGCGGGCGGCGACCCCGUCUGCACCACGCCCGAGCUGCGAGUGUCGCCCACGCCCCCCGACGCCAGCACGCCCUCGACCGCCGCCCACCACCACUCCCACCACAUCCUCCUCCAGCGGCAGGAGACCAUCGACGACGCGCUCCUGCCAGUGCCUUACGCCACGCUCAUGGAGGAGGAGAUGGAGAACGAGGUGUCCGAGGUGUGA